GCUUCCGCUUUCGUUGGGAGGGCGUUCCCUCGGCCUCACCGGCUGGCUGCUUCCGGCGCAAUCGGCGGGAUGGAGCUGCGGGCAGAGCUGACGGGCCGGGAUGGGCUGAAGCGGCCGUUGCGGGUCCGUUGCGAGCCGCAGGGAGAGCUGCAGGGCUUGAUCAGCGGCUUGGAUCAGUCGCAGGAACAAGUUACCGCCAUGCUGGGCCCUCUCGUGGAGCAGGAGAGCGGCCAGGGAUCUGGCGACCGAGCCGGACUCGAAGGUGAUGAAGAUGAUGAGGACAUUGAAGAUGAAGAAGAAAAUCAUGUCCAUGCCAAAUCAUGUACUGAUGGACCACCAUUAAAGCGGACAAAGAGACACUCCUGACGAAAAAAGAGACACUCCUGAUGAAAACUGAAUAUAUUUUUCUCCAAGUCAUUGGAAAUAUAUUGUAUAGACACUUUCAGCCAAAAGAAGCAGGGCUGUUUUGGCAACUAGAAAUAUGCCAAUCUUUUCUCUGUUUAUUAUUACUUAACAUAAAGGUGGUUAUUUGUUUGUAAUAUCAUCUGAUUUGUUUAAACAGCUAGAUAAAAUGGUGUGUAUCUGA